AUGGACGAUAUUACAGACGAAAAGCUAGAUUUUGAGGAAGCCAUUAAUAAAACUGGUUUCGGAAAAUAUAAUAUUUGUCUACUAAUUGCUUGUUGCCUGUUGAUUUUGGCGAUGUACAUAGACAUAUUUGGUUUCUCCAUUGUGUUACCAGACGUGGCUUGUGAUAUGGGAUUAUCGACGACGCAACAGGGACUUCUCUCCGCGAUACCAUUGAUUGGAGUCAUGAUUUCUUCAUAUGUCUGGGGUCUAAGUGCCGACACGAUCGGACGUCAGAAGACAUUGUUAUUGGCCAUGCCAGUGAGCAUUAUUUGGAGUUUAGCAGCUAGUAUGACGCCGACGUACACUUCAUUGGCAGUGCUCAAACUUAUGUCAGCUUGUUUUUCAUCAUCAGCGAAUGCUGCAGCAUUUGUACUUCUAGGAGAAAGUGUUCCGUCUGAUUACAGGAGCAAAUUUAUGUUCCUUAUGGCCAGUGCUACUAUGUUUGUGCAGCUUAUUAUAAGUAUUGUCGCACUUCCCAUUCUUCAGCUUACCUUCAGCAUUAAUAUGCCCUUGAUCAACCUGAACUACAGACCCUGGCGACUCCUCCUCCAGCUAAUAACAUUCCCAGGGAUAUUUGGGACUAUUGGUAUUAUGUUGGUGCGAGAGAGUCCUAAAUUCCUACUUAGUAAGGAUCACGAAAAGGACGCGAUCGACGUGUUGAAAACUAUACAUAAAUGGAAUAAGGGAUCGAGUGAAUUCAAAAUAUCAUCAGUACACCUUAAGGAAACCAUCACUACAUAUUCUGGAAAUUCAGUUUGGAAAAAAAUCUGGAAUCAAACGGCACCUCUCUUCAAACCACCGCUUUUAAAAAACUCUCUGAUACUUUACUAUAUUUUACUAUGUGCAUACAUGACAUCAACUGGCUACACAAUGUGGGUGCCAACAAUGACAAACGCAUAUUUUAAUGGAGAAGAUAACAAUGGAAAAACUUUUUGUGAAGUGGCCAGUAAAGCUGCAUCUCAAAAUUUGACCACUGAUUGUAGUACCACGAUUCAACCUAUGACAUUAUAUGCGGUCAUGUGCUAUUCUGGCAUGUCGGGGACGCUAAAUAUACUCCUCACAUUCAUAGUCGGGCCACUGGGUAAAAAAAGGACAACGUUAUUAGUCUUUAUUAUCGCAAUCAUAGCCGGUGUACUGCUUCUUUUCGUGAAGCAAUCGAUAGCCAGCAUUGGACUGUUCUUCAUAUUUCUUUAUGUGGCUUUAAUAUUGGGAAAUGUAAAUACGUAUUUAGUGGAAUUAAAUCCGACACAAUUAAGAGGAAUGGCGACAUGCUUGUCUGUGGUUGUGGCCAGAGGCUUUGGGUUCUUCAGCGUUCAGCUAAUCGCGACGUUGUUGUCUGACCACUGCAGACCAAUGAUUGGAGGAUACAUCGCUCUCAUUACAAGUGGAUUACUGAUUGCGAUAUGGUUACCGGCAGAUAACUCUCCAAGUGGAAAAAGUUGA